CUUUUAGGUUAUCAUACGGAGAUCGCCCAGUGAUUGGCAUUCUAGCGUUUCGGAAAUUUUUAAGUUCCUCUCUCGUUUCAACAUGACUUACCUGAAUCAACCGGAUUAUGUGCGCUAUUUGUGCAACUGCGGCUCUCUAAAGCCUAUAUCGAAGAUAUAUUUCUGCCGACACUGCUUGAUGAUACGGUGUGGCUACUGUGUCUGUCACGAGGUUGAUUCUCAUUACUGUCCAAAUUGUAUGGAGAAUUUGCCCUCAUCUGAAGUACGUCUUAAACGAAACAAAUGUUUCAAUUGCUUCGACUGUCCUUGCUGUUUUCAAACAUUAUCUACAAGAGCGGGAAUAGCACCUACGAGAGCAGCACCAAGUGAGGGAGAGGAAAACAAAGAUGUUAAGGCCACUCCCAAAAAAGUUUAUUAUCUAUUCUGUUCAUUGUGCCGAUGGAGUUCUCGAGACGCAGGGAUACCUGAUCAAUCCGUAGCAACUGGAGGAUGGCCUGAACAUGAAAAUCCACAUGUAACUCGCAUUAACGCUCUUAUUGACUAUCACAAGGUGUUAGCUUCUAUAGAGAAACAGCAGUGCGAAAGGAAGAAAUUUCAUCCAAAACGCUCCUUCAUGCCAGCUCAGACAAUGUACAGUUUUACGUCGGCACUGGUUCGCAAACGUAUUGGGCGUCCCAUAAAACCGCCGAUGCAAUCUCAAUCGUCUGCUCAGCCAACACCAUCCAUUGCGAGUGAGAAAGUGGAUGAAUUACCGAGCGACAUAUUUACAGAGCCUGUGGACAUAACUAAAAUUACUACAUUGGAACAAAGAUUGCAGCAUCCAGAGGUACAAGCUGAAAAGAUAAACGAAUUGCGCCCUCAGCACAGACAGUUUUUGGUUAAAAGAUCGCAGCGUUGUAGAGUGUGCGAACAUAAUGUUAGCAAGUCAGAUCUUUGCCCUCAGUCGACGAAAUUCAAGAUUUUACUAGCUGCAUUUUAUCACAUCCCAGAAGUCAAGAUUGUUACUUGUGAGCCACUUCAACCAGGAAAAUCAAGCGAAUUGCUUCUAAAAUUCUGCAAUCCGACACAACAUCAAACUCAAAUAACAAUAUUGCCCUUAGAUACUUCGUUAACUACUUCAUUUACUGAGGAAAAAGAUGUUAAACAAGAGGAUACACAAGGAAGUGAGUCUCCAAAUUUAUUGCCAUCUACUGUACGACAGGCACUCGUAAUAGAAGAUCCCAAGCCAAUAAAAGUUGUACCAAAUGCAGAUUUGAUGAUGCCUCAUAGUUCGUUGAUUCUCCCACCGAGAGAUGAUGCUGCCGAAUAUGAUGAUACGAAUGACAAUCAUAAUUUUCAAGACGAUCCAAAACUUGUGGUAUGGCGAAAAGGAAAUAAAGCAGUAAUACGUUUGCACGUAACUCCGCAUGAUAUUAGUAAAGAUAAUGAAGAUCCGGUUGAAGUUGUAGUUGGAUUUGUUAUGCAACAUGGAUAUGUAAAUACCAUUGCAGCACUGGAGCAUAAGUCACCGCAAAAAGUAGAUGUAAAAAUUAAGUUAUACCUCACAGUUGGCCAACUAAUCAAAGAAACUUAAUUUUUCUCGACUUAAUUAAAAUAAUUGCACAUAGAAUACUCUGUGAAUGAAUGCUUUAUAGUUUUUAGCUGGUUAAAUAUCAAGGAUAAACUGAAAUAUUUAUACUUCAAUGUAUUACUUUACUCAAGCUUGAUAUAUAUUUAUCACAAUAUAUUUAUUGAUGCUAACCACAAAAUAUAAGAUGCAAUGAUCUAAUUAAUCUAAUUUUCUAUACAUUUUUAAGUUUAAUAUAAUUUUUUUUUGCAAUAUUAUCGUAUGUAUAAUUAAAAAAAAUAUAUAUAUAUGUAUUGCAAACUGUUGCUUUUAAGGACAUAAUAAAAAGUAUAUAAAUUAUAA